AAUAAAAACCAAUACUCUCUAUCUCUCUUCUAUAUUUGUCUUGAAUAAGCUCCUUGAUUUAACAACUACAUCUACUAUAGCCGUUAUAACCACCAAGGCAUUGUUCAUUUCUUGGAAAUUAUGGACUGGCAACUGAGUAAAAGAAGACGUGUUUAUUCCCUUGAACCAAACGAAAAAGUAAGUGCCUUGUUUGCAAGAAAAUAUGUCAAUCACUUAGUACCAGCUCUGAGGAAGAUCAACCAAUUGUCUUCAGCCAAAAAUGGUGUGUAUGAAGUGGAGAAAAUUGUUCGACAUGAGGUGGACAUGGCAAUGGUAUCGUCCGCCGAAGAAUUUGCAUGGAGUCGUGCCUUGAAACAAAAGCUUCAAAGAAAUACUGUCAAUGCAGGUGGAUUCCAAAACUCUUCCUUUCAUCAUCUAACAUCUUUAAACUGUAAUUUCACUUGUGGGCAGAAGAGCAAUUGCAUUAUUGAUGAAAAGGGUUGUGACAGUUCAUCACUGCCUCCUGUUUCUAAAGCAUUGAUCCCAAUGAAAUUUUCUCAAAACCCUAAUAGCAAACCGGAAAUUAAGAAGCCCAUUAGGGCUAGGAGACUACUUUUGCCACUAAAGGAAGAGAAUAUAGAGGAAAAUGAAGAGGAGAAGAUUAGCUGCCAGUUGAAGAAACUGAGAAACAUUUUACCAGGUGGAAAUGAGAUGGGUGUUGAUGUAUUGCUCACAGAACUGGGAAGCUAUAUAACCUGUCUUGAGUUGCAGGUAAAUGUACUUCAGUGUCUAGGCCAAACGCACUGAUCAGCUAAAUAAAUUUUUUUUUCAAUUAUAGGAAUAAUCUUAUGCGUGUAGCAUAUUAUUGCUGUUAUCAUAUUUCUUGUGUUGUAAAUAUAGGUGGACAUGGACCUAAUUAUUUAGUGAAGAAGGGUUAAAAGAAAGCACUUUUGUUCUUUCUUUGAUUGUUUAGUAAUAAUGCGUGAAAAGCAUGUGGUUUAUGUAA